GUAUUCGUAUUCCAAUUUUUUUACAACGAGAUAAUUUUAAGCAUAUCUUUUAGAUACUGAUACGACUCUUAUUGGUUAACAAGUAUCUUAAGAUUAUUUAAGACAAUCUUGAACAGAUGAAUGAAUACCGCGGCCGCUAUACUUGCGGAAGAAUCGCAUGCCAUCAAUCAAUCGUAUGAUUCAUGGUCGACGCCGCUGCGUUCUAUAUGUCAAUCCGCACUCCGAAGCAGUGUUGAAGUGGUCCAAUUGUCUCUAUCGAAGAUUAUCAGCGGACGUAGCUUAUCUCUGUGUUGAUUACGAUGUAGAAAGAUAUUAGAACCUGAAGUUCGACGCGCGUUCUUCUGAGCUGACUCGACAUGUCGGGGACCAAGAACGAAGAUGGCAAAGAUGAUAAUCUGAAUAGGCAGGGCUCCUUCAGGAAGCUCGUGCCAGGAAGUAGCAAUGGGGACUCUCCGUUGAGCAUGUCUGCAAGGAUGAUCGACAGGCCGAUUGUCCCACAAACCAACAAGCAGCAUGCCGUUUUCCUGCGGGAAUACAACAUUCUUUCAGAAUACAAGAUGCUGUGUUCCCAAGAUCUAAAGGGAAUCUAUGUAAUACCGUCCGCCUUGAACUCUUUUAUAUGGUUUGGUGUACAAUUCAUUCGGCAGGGAAUCUAUAAAGGCGGAGUUUUUAGGUUCACCAUUACACUGCCACCAAACUUCCCCCUGGGAGAUUGUCCUAAAGUCGUAUUUGAAACGCGAGUCUUCCAUCCAUUGAUAAAUCCAGACAAUGGAGAGCUCUGCACAACGUGGGGUUUUGCCGAAUGGAGACGGAACAACAGAAUUUGGCAAUUGAUACAAUACAUCACGAAAAUAUUUAUUAAAUUGGACACAAAAAUGACACCGGUGAAUCAGGAAGCGUCCAGUUUACAAGAAAAUAAUUUCGAAGCUUUCCGGGAGCACGUGAAAACGUGUGUGAGGGAAAGCGUGAAUCAAGUGUUUAAUACACCUCCUAUAGAUGAUCCCCAUUACAUUGCAUUCAGUCCGUACGUGAAUGAGUUACAUGAUCCCGUUAAACGAGACAUUUAUGAACCAAAGAGCGAGGAAGAAAUUAAGCCACUAGGUUUGUCGUGGGUGCAACCUGGUUCCCUGCAGCCAUUUUCAAAACCAGAAGCAAGAUAAUGAGAAGUUCAAAAUAUGCUGCUAAUGACAGCAGCGAAAUGACAUACGUCCUUAAGAGCUAUAUAAAGAAAUUAUUGCUCUCUCAAUGAUUGACACAGAGGCGAGAUAAAAUCAGAAAACCUAUCAUAUAAAUUAUUUUUCUAUUCAGAGAAUAUAUACACAUAUGUCUUAAAAUUUUAUAUAAAUUAUUAUAUAUAUUAAGCGACUACUUAAGAGAAAGAUGACUAUGUAGAAGAAAUUAGGAUAUAAUACUCUUGUGAUUAAUUUAAAAGAGAGAUUGAUUAUUAUUAAUACAAUUGUUGCCCAAAACAU